AUGUUCAGAAACAACUACGAUAACGAUUCGGUCACAUUGUAUGCUCCGCCUUCCCCCCCCAUCUGGUCAAGCUGGUGUUCUUUUAUUGACCGCGAGGCUCUGCAAUCAAGCUCUCCACAAGGUCGAAUCUUUCAGGUCGAAUACACAGCAGAGGCGGUCAAGCAAGGUUCAGUAGUCGUCGGACUGGCAAGCAAGACACAUGCGAUUCUAGUAGCUAUCAAGCGAAAUGCCGAAGAGCUCUCCUCAUACCAGAAGAAACUGUUCCCGCUCGACGAGCACGUCGGUAUCGCCAUCGCCGGUCUUGCCUCAGACGCACGUGUGCUGUCCAACUUCAUGAAGCAACAGUGUCUGGGCCACCGUUUGACUUACGGCCGCUCCAUGCCUGUCCGCACCCUCGUCGACCUGAUCGGAGAGAAGGCCCAGGUCAACACUCAGCACUACGGAAAGCGCCCUUACGGUGUCGGCCUGUUGGUUGCCGGCGUCGACGACCGCGGCCCCCACCUGUUCGACUUCCAGCCUUCCGGCAUGACCGAGGAGAUGCUGGCCUUUGCCAUCGGCGCCCGCUCUCAGAUGGCCAGGACCUACCUCGAGCGUAACCUCGACAAGUUUGCCGACUGUGACCGCGAGGAGCUGCUCAAACACGGUUUGCGUGCUCUCAAGGAGAGUUUAGUGCAGGACAAGGAGCUCACGAUCGAGAACACGUCGGUUGGCAUCGUCGGGCUGGUCAAGGACGAAAGUGGAAAGUCUCGCGUCGAGCCCUUUAGGUUGUAUGACGGCCAGGAGGUCAAGGACUGGAUAGACAGCGUUGCAGACGACAAGGAGGGUGGCGGUGACGAUUCUCGGCCUGCUGCACCAGCGGCAGCUUCCGCCGCGGAAAGCAUGGACGUUGACGAGUGA